UGUUUGCUGCUGAACAGGUAGUGUACAGUGGAUUUUUAAUGCAUUUUCCCUGAAAGCAGCUGCCUGCUGCAUCUGAAAAUGAUGCUAUUAGAGCCCUGAAAGUGAACCAGAACAGUAAAGACAGCUGAAAAAUGAGCUGAAACUCUAUGAAGCUCCGUAAAGCUGAAGGGAGCUGCAGAUUCUCUGAUAAUUCUCUGUUGGUUCAUUGUCACAUGCGACACCUUUGACAUUGCACAUUAUCUUUUUAUACAUUUUUAUAAGAAAUAUUGACCCUAACUCUUAUAGAACUUAAAGACAGAUGAGUAUGAAUACAGCACUUGAUGUAUAACAACAUAGAGUAAUGAAAAUGGACAGUAGUGUGGAGAUUCUCAGGUUAAUACGUUUAGCAUUUAGCACCUUAUAUUAUGUCCAUGGCGAGAAGUUACCAGAUAGAACUUGCAUCCUGAUGUAUCACUGCAAGUGGUUAAAUGUCGUCUGCUCUUUCUGUGACAGAACCACAGACUCUGUUUGCAGCAUUUCAGCCAUUCUCUUGUUUGUUGCUUUGACUCAUACAAAUACAGCACGUUAGCUUUAUGAGAUAGAUUCAUCUGCACAUCUGUCAGGCUGCGAGAAAAACAGUUUAUUAUGUAUUUGGGUUCUUGCGGCAUGGCUUUGUGGUAUUGUUUCAAUGGCUACCUUUGUAUUUUGCUCAGAAAGGAGGCAAUGUGAACCCAUUCGUGAGAACAAGUCAAGCAAAUCCUCUUUUUUGCUCUCUUCCACUGUGCCCUGAAGUGCCCUUUCAACAGUAAUCCGGUUGCCAUCAGAUAAGUAAUUAGAGAAAGAUGACAUCAGCACUGCAAUAUCUACUGAAUCAAUAGCAAGGAUACAGGCCAAAAUAAAAGCCUUUGACAGUCUCAUAAGAGUCAGACCAUAGCCCAUAAGUCCCUUUGCCCAAAUCCUUCCGAGUACUUGCCACUGAGCUUCUGAAAAGUGAGGUCUCAGUCUUGGCACUCGCUCCUCUUCUCCUUCACAUUGUUCCAGGAAUUUCUCCCAGAAAGCCAGAAAGCAGUGUACACUUCUCUUUAAACCCCACUGGCAUCAACAGCCACCUCAUUUUUGAACUCCAGCAUUAAUUCCAUAUUCAUCACUUCUAUGUCCAUGAAAACAUCCAGGAGAUCAAUUUGUGAAUGUGUGCAUACUUUGUCUCUUUGGGAAUUUGUGGUCCCUCAAGCGAAGAGGGUGGCAGAGAAAUGCCCCCAGACAAUGACCUGAAGCAUAGAGCCAAUACAACACUGGAGUGGCUUCAGGACAAGUCUCUAACUGUCCUUGAAUGGCUCAGCCAAAGUCCAGACUUAAAUGGACAUCUGUGGACAGACCUGAAGAUGGCAAUUCACAGACGCUUCCCACGAUGGAGCUUGAGAGGAUCUGUCUGGAGGAAUGGGAUAAACUGCCCAAAUUCUGGUAGAGACUUACCCUCGAAGACUUAAAGCUGUAAUUGCUGCCAAAGAGACCUCUACAAGUACUGAAUUAAAGGUCUGAAUACUUUUGUAAAUGAGAGAUUUCAGUUUUUGAUUUUAAUAAAUUUGCAAAAAAUUAUAAAAACAUGGUUUAACUUUGACAUUAUGGGUUAUUUUGAGUGUAGAUUGAUGGGAAAAAAUACUGAUUUUAUCAAUUUACAAUGAAAUCUCCAACACAAUAAAGUAUGCAAAAAGUGAAGGCAUCUGAAUCACUUCUGAAGUGACUGUAUAUACUGUAGCCAUGUAAUUUAAUUACUUCAAAGUACACUGAUAUUAAAAUAUGUUCAUUAUCAUUUUAUCCAUUAAAAAGUGAAAAAUGUCCCUCACAAUUUCAAGUUCUCAAGUUCAUUUUAAAAAAUCUUGUUUUGUCCAAAGAAUCCUCACAUUUGAACAGACGGGUGAAGUCGGUCGGGAGGGCAACUGGGGUGCAGGACAGAUGGCUGGUAUCACUCCAGAGGGUGACCAGGACAACCAGAUGUGCAGGGCUGCUCUGGAGGUUGGCGACAAAGGUGGAGGCCAGGAAGGGCAGCUAGCACCAGAUGAUUCAGCUGCAGGUCGAGGCAUGGUGCAGAAGAGGCAGACUGCUGGAGUGCAGAGUAGGAGGUGCGCAGCUGGAGAUCUGACUUGGCUGACUGAUGAUCGGGAAGGUCUGCCUGUGGGUCAGCAAAGACUGCCGACUGGAGGUCGAGAAGGUUUGGAAGGUCUGGCUUUGGGUCGGCGGGGACUGCUGACUGGAGGUCUAGAAGGUCUGGAAGGUUGUUGGUUUGUGCGCUUUGCAGUAGAGACACAAGGAACUGGGCCAUUGGGAGUGUAGUCAACUCUGGAGGUGGGUCCACAGGGGAUGCUGCAGACUCUGAAGGCAAGAGCCACAGAGAAUUCAGGAAGUGGAGAAUUGGCCUCCUUGGGAAAGCUGGAAUCAGGCAAACUUGGCAGCCAAAGGAAACAGCUAAACAAGAACCCAAGGACCAGCGACUCUAUGACUUUGGGCAGGCAGAGACAGCACUGUUGCGGCUCAGAAACAGGGGAUUACUGCGGCCCAGCAGGAACAGGGGGUUAAUGUGGCCCAGCAGGAAGAGGGGGUUACUGCAGAUCAGCAGGGACAAGAGAUUGCUUAAUCAUGGACCCAAGCCUUAUUAACUGGACUGCAGCCUGGUUGCUAGCGGUCCUGGGUGCAGGCUGAUAUGGAGGCUUGGAAGAAACAGGAUGGCUUGGCUGCUUGGAGCUAACAUGCUGGUGAGUAGCAUGCUGCAGUUUAGCUGGCUGGGAAGCAGGCUGAAGGCUGAAGACACAAGCAGACAAGGAGGCUAAAGCAGUCUUCAAACUCCCUGCAAGUCCAGCCCAACAGGAACAGGCAGGAACAGACAAGGUUGACUAGAACACAAAAGUCCAUGGAAGCAACAAUGUGACAAAGACAAACUGGCCACUAAACAAGGAAAACACUUGGCUUUAAAUAGACGGACUGAUUACAAACUGAACAUAGGACGAUCAUGGGCCCGCACGGCAUCAACCGAGCUGUCCAGAGGCUGGACUUCUGCGACUGCAAGAAGGGACUCGGUGUGAAAAUAAUCGGAGGCUACCGAGAGCUGACAGGAGAGGAGUUUGGCAUCUACAUCAAGCGGGUGAUAGCCGGUGGGUUGGCUGCUGUGGACGGUCGGCUUAAGUCAGGUGACCUGAUUUUGGAUGUCAAUAACAUCAGUCUGAUGGGGGUGACCAAUGAGAGGGCGGUGGAGAUCCUGAGGACGGCCUCGCUCUCCAAUCACAUGUCUCUGCUGGUCGCCAGGGACGACGAAUCCAGGAGGGAGUUUGCUGAACUGAUGGAAAAGUACAGCUCCAAUAACGUCACAGCUUCAGGUCGAAUCUCUCCGACUCAAGUCUCCACAGGGAAGCUGACAGACACCGCCUCCUCCUCCUCCUCUUCCAGAUCUGAAAGCCCCCAGCUCCUCAGUCCUAAAGAGGGGGUCACCGCCUACACCCACAACCCCCCAUACGCUGCCAACCCCCCCUACACCGUGCACACACCCACGCACGCCUUCAGUGACAGUGUCAUUCAGUUGAUAUGCGUUGCCAAGGGAACAGGCCUGGGGCUCGUCAUCAAGGGUGGAGCUAACCGUGCCGAAGGACCAAUGGUGUUCAUUCAGGAAAUAGUGCCUGGAGGAGACUGCCAGAAGGACGGCAGGCUGCAGGUCGGGGACCAGCUGGUGUCCAUCAACAAAGAGUCCCUGAUCGGAGUGACGUACGAGGAGGCCAGGAGCAUCCUGACGCGCACCAAACUCAGACCGGACCCCACAGUGGAAAUUGCCUUCAUCAGGCGGAGGUCAUCCUCCAGCUCCAGCAGCGGGCCUCACAGCCCCAUCUCGCUCCAGGGGUCCGCUGGUGGAGGCGGACCCCAGACGAGGCCCCCGGCGCUGGGCGCCAUGCCUCCACAGCCGGCCGUGGUAACCAAGAUCACCUCCAGCCGAAACCCGGCCAGUGAGACACUGCCAGCGGUCAACGUCAGCCAGGUGCGAGUGUCUCCAGCCAGAACAGAGCCGACACGUGUUUCCUCCCCACCAGAGACCGACAGCAUCACUGAUGCAAACCCUGAGCCCGCCGGCAGUCAGCCUCCUCAGAGGAAAUGCUCCCUCAGCACCAGCUGUCGCCUCAAACUGGAGCGUCUGGAGCAGGCUCUGGAUCUGCUCGGUCUGAAGCCCACAGAGGCUCAGCGGCAGGCGCUGAAGUCCCGACUACGAGCUGAUCCUGCGGGGACGGUGGCCUUCACAGACUUCGAGAACCUGACCAGAGAGCUGUUCAAACCUCAGCUGGAGGAGUUGGCCGUCACCCAGCCGGGUUCACGCUUCACAUCUGAUGACUUGUCCAGUUUACUGGAGUCGCCCGUCAACCCGCAGCCGUCGCUGUCAGACUCGGAGGACCUGGAGGAGAUGGAGAGGUUGAGGAAGGAGCACAUCGAGGCUCUGAGGGAGAUCAAGAGGCUGCAGGAGCAGCUGGUCGAGUCUCAGAGAGUUCACCUUCAGAUGGAGGACGAGCUCAGCAAGGUCAAACAGGAUGUAAAACUGGGAGCGGAGGAGAGUCGGGCUCUGAGGACUCGGAUCCAGCUGGCCGAGGCGGCCCAGAAGCAGGCGAGGGGGAUGGAGAUGGACUACGAGGAGGUGAUCCACCUGCUGGAGGCCGAGAUUGCCGAGCUGAAGACUCAGAGAGUGGAGCAGCCGGCGCCCGCCAAUAAGGAGGAAACAGACGAGCUGAAGAAGAGAGUGGCCGUCCUGGAGUGUCAGCUACGGAAGAGCGAAGCCGCCAAAAAGGGUUUUGAGAUUUCAACGGGGAAACUGCUGAGUUUUGUGGAGAACGUUCAAGAAUUCCUGCUGGAAGGACACGGACCGCCGAAGAGCUACAGCUCUGGAGACGUUAAAGUCGGAGCGUCGCCUCAAGGCCUCCCUCUUCGCUACAAGAAGAGUCCCUGGACGGCGGCCACGCUCGCCCAGGAGGCGAAGGAGCUCACAAGGACUGUCAGAGCCAUCCUGGAGGUCGACUUGCUGACCUUCUAGAGGACCCGACUGUAGGACAACAAAGUCAGCAAGGCUCUGAGACGUCAGCAGGAAGUCGACAGCCGAACGCUCUCUUCCCUGACAACUCCUCAUCUCCUUCGUACCUGCUAGCAAUGGACUCGUCUUAAAUCUGCAUGACACACUGUUUUGUUUCUGUGAAGCAGUUCUGAAUAGUCAGUAAAAACGGUGGUUUCAUUCCAGUGUUUUAACACGCAUAUGGAAAAGAAACACUUUCUUUUUGGAACUUUUGGAACAAAUUUUAGCAAACGCUUGUUAGCCGAGCUUGUAAGUAAUGUAGACACUGCUUGUAAUUUUAAUCUGUUCUACGAUCAGACAGUUCAUCUAUUGAGAAGCAGUUUUCUGAGUUUUACUGUUUAAAGUUUAUUAAAAUAAGACUAAAGUAAUACUUAUGUGAUAUGCGGGUUAAUGCGCUGGAGGAAGACCACUGUGAAGCUGAUGGACUACAUGACCGUUUUGAAGUUUUGCCCAUUGGUAACCUCAUUAUUUACGUGAUGAGUAACGGCACCAAAACCACCUGUCCGCCCGCUAAAGAUUUAACUUACAGGAUGUUAAAAAAUUGACUUAGUAUUUUCUAAAUGUGUAAAUGUGUCCCUUCAGCUCUACAAAGCUUUUGAGUCUAUUUUUAUCAUUGUUUUAGAUGUUAGCUGGUGACGAAAGAACACCGAAGAGCUAAAGAGCCAGAUGUAAUUCUCAGGAGCUGGUUGAGACCAAACCAGAGCUAAAAAGUAGGGAUGCACAAUAUUGUUUUUGCCGAUAUCUGAUAUGUUGAUAUUUCCA